AGGAACAUAAGAGUUCCCAUCAUCAUCGCUUCAGUGCGCUGCAUCUUUCUCUUUAUCCUCAUCAACGUCCCCCUGGAAAGUUUUAUUUGCGCAAAAUCCACCGUUUCCAAAAAUCAUGUUGAUUUGUGAAUCAGACGUGUGUGUGUGUGUGUGACUGGAGCAUGAGGAUCAGAUGCGCUGCUCUUCUCUGGAGAUAUAACCGCGCUGCGCUCGGACUCUCCGUCGCUAGCUUCACCUCUCCUGGCCAUGAGCGCGGAGAAGCCAAACUUUCUGUCUCAACCUGAAGUCAAAAAUGUCUAUUUCUAUCGCAAUGGGGAUCCGUAUUAUGAGCCCAGGCGUUUGGUGAUUAACUCGAAGCGGGUUUCGACCUUCGACACGCUUCUGCGGGAGGUGACCGGUGGCGUGAGGGCUCCGUUCGGCGCGGUCCGCAACAUCUACACGCCCAAAACCGGGCACCGGGUCCAGUCCCUGGAGCACCUGCGCAGCGGAGAGCAGUACGUGGCCGCUGGACGAGAGAGGUUCAAGAAGAUAGAUUAUUUACAGAUAGGAACCAGGAAGAAAAAAAUGCUUCAACCUAAUGGACUGAAACCUGUUCCUCAGAGUCGUGUGAUUGUAUCUGCCAGAUUCCUGAAGCCCAUCAAAGAACCCUGUGCAAUAUUUGUUGUGGCAAAUGGAGAUGUCCUGAACCCAGCGGUGAGAUUGUUGAUUCCUAGCCGUGUGAUUGGCCAGUUUGAGCGGAUUCUGGAGAUGGUCACUGAGAAAAUGGGCCUGCGAAUCAUCGGGGGGGUGCAGAGCCUGUACACCUUUGAAGGGACUCUCGUUAUGGAUGGAAAGGAGUUAGAAAACGGGCAGUUUUACGUCGCUGUUGGCAGAGACAAAUUCAGAAAGCUUCCAUACAGUGACCUACUGUUCAAUAAACCCAUCGGCAUGAAGAGAGUGAACGGGUCUAAAGCUGCAUCAUUACCACCGAUAUACAAAUACAGAAGACAGAAUGGAGAUGUGGGGAACCAUCAUCUGAGCAAGCCUGAGUGUGGACAGGAGAAGAGCAGUCCUCCGGCGCAGAGCUCUAAAGAGCAGCUGUCCUCUAUAGUCAGAGAGAUCUCACAGGCCAAACUCAUGAACAUACGCAAGAAGAGGAGUGGACUCAUGGCUUCACAGGAGACUCAGGACAAUGAUGAUGGAGAGGACAGAAGAGCAGAAGAUGAUGAGAAAUCUUCAGCGGUCCAGCAGGAGGCAGAGGAGGCCAGACCUGAUGUAGACGACUCCACCACGACAGAAAGUGAAGCGGCCCGAAACACAGAAGAAUCACAGUGUGACGGAGAAGAAGAAGAGGAGAAGAAACCAGAGGAUGAAAAGAAUGAAGAGGAUGGAGAGAUAAAGAUAGAAGAACCAGAGGCACAUGACGACAGUGAAGAGAAGGAUGAAGAAGCUGAAGAGGGAGAUGAAGAGGAGAAACCAGAGGAAGAAGAGGAGAAGCAGGAGAACACAGAGAAGGAGGGAGAGCUGAAUCCAGAUCCCAGUGAGGACUGACCGAUAAACUGAAGGAGUAGUUCAGCGAGAAACGUUCGUCAUGUCCUUCAGCUUCUCUAUCUGCUGCAGAGACAGACCAGAACAUUCCUCAAAUAUACUGUUUUUGUGAGGAGACAGGAAUCAUACAGGGUUGAACCAUCACUCCUGGGUGAACUCUCCCUUUAGGAGACUUGAUUACUGCUACUUUAAUCAUAUUAAUCAUUUAUUGUAUUGAGCUUCUAAUACUGUGAACAUAUUUAAUAACACAGAUCAUUUAGCCAGUUAGGAUUUCAGAAAAUAUCUGUUUUCCAUUUUGUAACAUACCAUAUUUUCCGGACUAUAAGUCACACUUUUUUUCAUAGUUUGGCUGGUGCUGUGACUAAUAGUCAGGUGCGACUUAUUUAUC